AUGAAGUUAGAGCUUACCAGACUAAGAUCAAAAUAUGGUAAUGAAACAACAAAUACUACAACGCAAACGACGAAAGCUGACAGAAAGAUUGAUGACACUCCUACUCCAACUCCUGCAAUGGCGAACAUCACAACAAUUGCUCCAAGAGUUCCAACAGGAGAAGGUAUAUCAGGAAAUGUUUCAACUACUCAUAACAUUACUGAAGCAGCUAAUGUUUCAGCAGUUGAGCAACCUGUUGUUAAUGUAACUCAGGAAAACGCUACUGAAACAUCAACACCAAGACAGGAUGUAAAUAAUGAACGUCCAGAAGUUAAGGAGGUUGCAAAAGCAUACCUGGAGAAAAAUACUACACAAGUUCUUGAAGCAGAAAAGCAUCUCAAUUCAGACAAAACACCAUCUCCAACUCCUGAAGCAUCAGUUCCUCCAGCAAUUGGUGGAAAUAUACCUUCAGUAUCACCAUGGCAGAAAUUUUAUGGAUUGUUUAAAGGAGCGAAUAAGGUAAUGGAUGCUGCUGAGAAUCUCCAAAAGUUCAAGAAUGAAGUCGCAACUGGUGCAAAGGAAAUAGAAGAGAAUGAUAAACAAGCUGCUGAAUUAGCUAAACAACAAGCUGAAGCAACUAAACAAGCAGCAGCUCCUAAACAAUCUAUAUCUAAGUCUCAAAGACAAGGUCCUGACCCAAGUGCUAAAGUCAAACAGAAUCCAACACCACCUGCAGCAGAGAAGUCCAAGAAGGACAAGGACAAGAAGAAGGAUAAAUCAAAGAAGGACAAGGACAAGAAGAAAGAUAAGGAUAAGAAAAAAUCGUCAAAAGAUAAAAAACAUAAAAAUUUAUCCAGUAAGAAAUGA